UCUCCUUGUUAAAAACGAAGCUCUCCUGUUUCUACCAAAUCUGCAACCUCCCCGUCUCCACUCUUCUCCUUGUGAGCUCGAUUCCGUCGCGGUUCACCUCGUCCCCAACUCCGACAGGCGCCAGCACGUUCCUCUGCUCGUUCCGCCGCCGGGACACCUCGGGAGCCGCCCCAACCUCGCCUCAGUGGUGAUCCGCCCCUUGCCAUGGCGUUGAACGCCCCCGUCCUUGUGCUGAAGGACUCGAUGAAGCGGGAGUCGGGCACGAAGGUUCACCAGGCCAACAUCCAGGCCGCGAUGGCUGUGGCAGACAUCAUACGCACUACAUUGGGUCCAAGAUCCAUGUUGAAGAUGCUUCUGGAUGCUAGUGGAGGUAUUGUUGUUACUAAUGAUGGCAAUGCUAUAUUAAGGGAAAUAGACAUUGCGCAUCCUGCUGCCAAGUCUAUGAUUGAACUAAGCCGUACACAGGAUGAAGAAGUGGGUGAUGGGACAACAUCUGUCAUUGUUCUAGCUGGUGAGAUGCUCCAUGUUGCACAAGCAUUCAUUGACAAGAACUACCAUCCUACUGUUAUUUGCCGAGCAUACACCAAAGCACUUGAUGACGCUCUAGCUGUUCUUGACAAGAUUGCAAUGCCAGUCGAUGUGAAUGAUCAUGGGGCUAUGCUAGGCCUUGUGAAGAGCUCCAUUGGUACAAAAUUCACUGGCCAGUUUGGUGACCUUAUUGCUGACCUUGCUAUCGAUGCUACUACAACAGCAGGCGUUGACCUAGGUCAGGGUAUGCGUGAAGUUGAUAUCAAGAAAUAUAUUAAAGUAGAGAAGGUUCCAGGUGGUCAGUUAGAGGAUUCUAGAGUUCUUAAAGGAGUUAUGUUCAAUAAAGAUGUUGUGGCUCCAGGAAAAAUGAAAAGAAAGAUAGUUAAUCCACGUAUCAUCCUGCUAGACUGCCCUGUUGAAUAUAAGAAAGGAGAAAAUCAGACCAAUGCCGAGUUGAUGAAGGAAGAAGAUUGGCAGGUUCUGCUAGAGAUGGAGGAAGAAUACAUAAAGAACCUGUGUGCUCAAAUUCUAAAAUUCAAGCCUGAUUUAGUCAUAACAGAGAAAGGGCUCAGUGAUCUUGCUAUCCAUUAUUUGAGCAAGGCUGGUGUUAGUGCAAUUCGUAGACUUCGUAAAACUGACAACAAUAGGAUUGCGAAGGCCUGUGGUGCGGUUAUUGUGAACAGGCCCGAGGAGCUUCAAGAAUCUGAUGUCGGAACAGGAGCUGGCCUCUUCGAGGUCAAGAAGAUAGGUGAUGAAUUUUUUGCCUUCAUCGUUGACUGUAAGGAUCCCAAGGCUUGCACUGUUCUGUUGAGGGGAGCAAGCAAGGAUGUCUUGAAUGAAGUUGAGAGGAACCUGCAGGAUGCCAUGUGUGUUGCAAGGAACAUUUUGAAAAACCCAAAACUUCUACCUGGGGGUGGUGCUACCGAGUUAACUGUGUCAGCAACACUGAAGCAAAAUAGUUCUUCAGUUGAAGGUGUUGAAAAGUGGCCCUAUGAAGCUGCUGCCCUAGCAUUUGAGGCAAUCCCGAGAACUUUGGCCCAGAAUUGCGGUUUGAAUGUUAUUAGGACAAUGACACAACUCCAGGGAAAGCAUGCCAACGGUGAAAAUGCCUGGGUCGGCAUCGAUGGAAGGAGUGGUGAUUUCGUUGAUAUGAAAGAGCGAAAGAUCUGGGACUCCUAUAGUGUCAAAGCGCAGACGUUCAAGACGGCUAUCGAGGCUGCUUGCAUGCUUUUAAGAAUUGACGACAUUGUCAGUGGUAUCAAGAAGAAACAGGCUCCUGGAGCUUCGGCUCCGAAGCAACCUCAGAUUGAAACAGAGGGUGACGCAGAUAAUGAACAGAUGAUCCCAGAGUAGCUAUUGCACUGAACCCACUCUGGCGAAGUUACCAAGGCUAGAGUAGCUCGUGAAGGAGAAUGGCAGGUUUGGAUUAUCGACGACUUGCAUUACUUGAAUGUUUGUUCGUGGCAAGGCCUAGCUUAAAAAUGUACCAAUUUUAUAUGGUUGUCGAGUCGUAUGUUGGUUUGGGAUCCUAGGUUUAGCAAGGGUUGGAUGAUGUUCCUUUUGGUUUUGACCUGAUACUGGACGACUUUCAGAACAUUGAUUAAGCGGUGAGUUACCAUUGCUUUUAUGGUUCACUCUACGCCUUGUACGCCACAAAUCGGAACUGUUUUCGGUAAUGUUAUCUCCAGCACACUGAAAUUGCAA